CCGAUUCAAAAUUGGUAUGCUCAGCUCAGGUGCGGACCGUUGGACACCCCUGUCCACAGCCAGCUAAAUCGAAAAUCAAAUCAACCAAAAGACUCAAAUCUUUGCAGACGUAUUAGCAGACCAGGAAGAAAUACCAGAAACACAUGGCAAGAAAGUUUGUUGCUUUGUUGACUACUCAUUGGAUGAAAAUUUAUCAUCCAUAUUUUCCUAUGGUUUCUUCUUCAUUAUUCUUAA